GGGUUAGGCCGCAUCGAGUUCGACGUCGGUGAGCACGGGGCCCCACCAAUCUUCCUAGGCAAGGCCGACGUAAGAGACUGCUUCCACCGUAUGCUGUUCGGUAACACGUUGAGCGAGUAUUUUUGCUUCCUUGGCGGCCUAGCGAAGGAGUUCGGCAUCGUUGGGGAGGAGAUCAGGGAUGUGGUGGCCCUCGCAGACGACUGCGUUUGGCCCUGCGCUUUGGCGCUGCCCAUGGGCUGGAUGGACCUGGCAAGCCUCGCCGUGCGUGACAUCUCCCUGGAGUCCGAGGCGGCCGAGGCGCUAGGGGUCAGUCUUGAUGGCGUGACGCGCCAGACCCUCGUCAGCCGCCGCCGCUAUUGGAAGGUUCGCCUGGGGCUCCGUUGGGCUCUGGCAUUGCGUCGCCUUGCUGGACGUGAGCUAGAGGUGCUGCUGGGCCGCUGCACGUUCGUUGGGCUCAUGUGCCGCGAGACCCUCUCUGUGUGGCACGCCGUCUAUACGUCUGUCCGCGAGCGGUACUGGACCGAGAGCGACGUCUGGCAGUCGGCUCGAGAUGAACUUCGCUGUUUCCUGGGCCUGAUGCCGCUGUUGCUGCGGUCGGAAUGGGGUCGCCCAUGGCUGUCGCAGGUGUUCUCGGUGGACGCCAGCCCGCGCGGCAGGGGUAUUGCCUUGUCCGGGCUCGGCCAGACUGAUGCCGAGAACUGUGG